GCGAGGUUUGGUUGCCGCGGGAUUGUUUGGAAACAGUUGGAGCUGAAUGAGGUGCUGAUACAAUGGCAGAUAUUUUUCAAGAAAACGUUACUACACGGUCUUUGCUAAAAAGAUUUUUGGAAAGUGAGCCAACCCGUUCAGCUGUAAAACGUCGUUCAGCUGUAAAAGGUCGUUCAGUGUCCAGUGUUGUUGGAUUUGACAGCUUCCCUUCUCCUGCCACAACUAUAAAUGGAAAUAAAAAUAGCAGCAAUGCAUCACCAGCAAUGACUUUACGCAGAAAAUUGAAAGCAAGAGUUGGCACAAUGGCAUCAGGUGGUUCAACUAGGAAAAGUUUGUCAAGAACCAAACAAACACAUAAUAAAGACAAAAUCUAUCCUAAUGUAGAUGACUUGGACACAAUUACUCCAAAGACCCUUUUGAAAAAAAUUAUUCAAAAUGAGCCAGAAGUAUCCAUGAUAGUCUCUCAGAAGUCUGAUAAUAUCUCAAUCCAUAAUGAGCAAUAUCUCCCUUUAGAUAACUCAAUUCAUAGCAUGAAAAACCUAGAUCUGAAUUUAUCAGAGCUGGAUGAACAUAACUGUCCAACAGUAUUUGGAAAUGCCCAUAAGAAAAGAAGAGUGAGCAUCACACACUUUGAGAGGGGCGUAGAAGAAAGGCUACCUCAAGUUAAAGAGAACAGCCUAUCGAAGAUGGCAGAACAAAUUGGAAAUCUGUCGGCCAUGGGAAAUCAGUCUGUGGUACCAAGGACAAUUACGACAGAUUUGUGCACCCCUGUUGUUGCUGAAUUGAUAAGUAAAGGAGGUAAAGGUGGUUUGAUAAGGAGGCCAAAAAAGUUUCAUCUGGUUUCUUUAGAAGAUUUUGAACAAGGAGUGGAAAACAACUAUCAACAUUUGAAAGGUUCCCAAGAAUGUUUUGUAGAGUCAACAGAGGGAGAAGAAUCUGAUAUAUCAUCAAAUGAGAUGGCUGGGAUGAACACAGAAUUAUAUGCACAUCCUGUAAUCAAAAAACAAAGCAUUGUUAAGGUUUACCCUGAACAAGAAACCACGAAGAAAGAACUUGUAUCAAGCAUUGAUGGAAAAAAUGAUUCUGUAAAUGAAUUUGAUUCUAAUUUUGAAUUACUUAAUGUGCAUAUUUUAUUUGUACAGGAAGACCCAGGUCAACAAGAAACGGACGUGUCUCAAGGGAUGGAGGUAGACAAUGAACCUCAUACAAGUGGAGUAGAAGGACCUCACCAUGUGCCUGAAGAGAUUAAUGCUGAAGUGGUUCGCAAAAAUGAAGAACUUAUUUUCACAGAGAGUCACAUCCAAACCUCUAAUAUUUUACUUGGUGAAGCAGGAAAAACGUCUCAUAUUUUACCUGGUAAAGCAGGAGAAACCUCUAAUAUUUUACUUGGUGAAGCAAGAGAAACAUCUAAUAUUUUACUUGGUGAAGCAGGAAAAACGUCUCAUAUUUUACCUGGUAAAGCAGGAGAAACCUCUAAUAUUUUACUUGGUGAAGCAAGAGAAACAUCUAAUAUUUUACUUGGUGAAGCAGGAAAAACGUCUCAUAUUUUACCUGGUAAAGCAGGAGAAACCUCUAAUAUUUUACUUGGUGAAGCAAGAGAAACAUCUAAUAAUUUACUUGGUGAAGCAAGAGAAACAUCUAAUAUUUUACUUGGUGAAGCAGGCAAAACAUCUAAUAUUUUACUUGGUGAAGCAGGAAAAACGUCUCAUAUUUUACUUGGUGAAGCAAGAGAAACGUCUCAUACUUUACUUGGUGAAGAAGGAGAAACAUCUAAUAUUUUACUUGGUGAAGCAAGCAAAACAUCUAAUAUUUUACUUGGUGAAGCAAGCAAAACAUCUAAUAUUUUACUUGGUGAAGCAGGAGAAACAUCUAAUAUUUUACUUGGUGAAGCAGGAGAAACAUCUAAUAUUUUACUUGGUGAAGAAGGAGAAACAUCUAAUAUUUUACUUGGUGUAGCAGGAGAAACGUCUCAUAGUUUACCUGGUAAAGCAGGCAAAACAUCUAAUAUUUUACUUGGUGAAGCAGGAGAAACGUCUCAUAUUUUACCUGGUAAAGCAGGAGAAACAUCUAACAUUUUACUUGGUGAAGCAGGAGAAACAUCUAAUAUUUUACUUGGUGAAGCAGGAGAAACAUCUAAUAUUUUACUUGGUGAAGCAAGCAAAACAUCUAAUAUUUUACUUGGUGAAGCAGGCAAAACAUCUCAUAUUUUACUUGGUGUAGCAGGAGAAACGUCUCAUAUUUUACCUGGUAAAGCAGGAGAAACCUCUAAUAUUUUACUUGGUAAAGCAAGAGAAACAUCUAAUAUUUUACUUGGUGAAGCAAGCAAAACAUCUAAUAUUUUACUUGGUGAAGCAGGCAAAACAUCUAAUAUUUUACUUGGUGAAGCAGGCAAGACAUCUAAUAUUUUACUUGGUCAAGCAAGCAAAACAUCUAAUAUUUUACUUGGUGAAACAGAAGUGACAACUGUGCCUCAGACACUGGACUCUCAUGCCGAAGAUAGUGCAUCAUCAGUAGUUGACAUCCAUAUGCACAGAUUGUCUUCAUCAACGUUAGAAGAGCAGAAGGUUCAACAAAAACCUGUAGAAAUGCAUGGCUUAACUGACCAUUCUCUAUCGGAUAGUCAGGAGGACACUGAGCUAGAAUGUUCUGUCAUGGAAGAACACAAAAUUCCCAAAAUUCAGACUAAACUCUCUCCGUUACAAGACACAAGAAUUUUUUUUAAGAAUGCUAAAUUCAGAGUCAACAAAAAUAUUACUGUUGCCAAGCGAACACAAAAAAAGAAAACAGAAAUUGGACAAAAAAGAGAAAUACUUCCAAGCACCUUUACAAAACAGAUAUUUAGCCAUUAUGCCCAGUUUCGGAUAUCAAAGGAAUGCUACAAAGAGGUAGACAGAUGCUUGGAAAUUUACUUUGGACAACUAAGCAGUGACCUGGCAGCUUAUACCGAUCAUGCUAACCGAAAGACCAUAAACCGCGCUGAUAUUGAGCUCUUAAUGAAAAGGCAUGGCCUGGUAACUGAUACAAUUCCUCUCAAUGUCCUUAUUGAGAAAUACUUACCACUGGAAUAUAGAAAACUUCUAAUCCCUUGUGCUAUGAGUGGGAACAAAGUGUUUCCUAAACUGUAAAACCUGUUACAGAUUUUGUUUUUGUUUAUAGUUAACAGUAUUUUAUUGAUGAUCACAAAUUGCAUGGUCUAUAGAUGUAAGAGUAAAGUACUGAAAUGCUCUUUAGUGUUUGUUAAAGGUUUAAAAAAAAAAAAAAAAAGCCAGUU